AUCUAACUCUUUUGUAAUUAUAUAAAUAAAUAUUUGAGUGAACAUUAUAAUCCAUUUCAUAUCAACAAGUUCUGUUGAAUCUGAUUAUUCUACGAAAUAUUUUUAAAUUUAGAAUGGCGGAGAAUAGUUUCAGAACCAGAUCUUUAGGUACAGCAGUAGAGGGAGUAAGAGAUCAAUAUGCUGAUGGAAAGGCCGCAAAAGUUUGGGAAAUUUUUAUAGGAGAUCAGAAUUCGCGUACAAAAAAUUAUAGAAAUUUUCUUGUCGAUUUACUCCGCAAAAAAGGAUGCAAAAGGAUUUUGGACGUUGCCUGCGGCACUGGAGUCGACUCCAUAAUGUUAUUAGAAGAAGGUUUCGAUGUUGUAUCUAUAGAUGCAUCCGAUAAAAUGUUGAAAUAUGCCUUAAAAGCAAGAUGGAACAGAAGAAAAGAACCUGCAUUCGAUAAUUGGGUUAUUGAAGAAGCUAACUGGCUCACUUUACAUGAAGAUAUAGAACAAAUUAUUGGUAAAGGAUUUGAUGCUGUAAUAUGCUUGGGAAAUUCUUUUGCUCAUAUGUUGGAUUCCUAUGGAGAUCAGAGAGAUCAAAAAAAGGCUAUGAUGAAUUUCAAAAAGUGCUUGAGACCCGGAGGAAUUCUUCUCAUAGAUCAUAGAAAUUAUGAUGAUGCGAUUGAAACAGGAUAUACCAGUGCAAAAAGUGUAUACUAUAAUAGUAAUCAUAUGAUCGACAUCAAAACAACAGUUAUGUACACUUGUGGAAAACCAUCUUUGGUCAUAUUAGAUUACUUUUUGGAUACUUCAUCGUUUGGAAAGAAUGAAUUCAUCAAUGAAGAUAGUAUAAGUGAGUUUCGAUUGAGCUAUUAUCCCCACAGACUGAAGGUCUUCAACCAAAUGUUGCUCAACACAUUUGGGGAAAAUGCCUACCAUGAAAUUUAUGGAGACUUCAAAAGCUUGAAUGAAAUUGAGAAUCCUGCAUUUUAUAUUCACUUCAUCCAGAAAACAGACUGAGAUUUUAUUCAUUGAGAAUUAUUUCCAAUUGUUACCUAUUUUUUUUUUAUCGAAUUUGGAAUAUUAUUAAAUAUUUAUUUUCAA